GCCGGGGGUGAGAGGGAAUGGAGUCCAAACGGAAAGGAAAACUUCCCGCCCCGCACCAGAUUUAAGACUUCCGCCCCGCAGGGAACUUGACCCGGUACUUCCGCCCAACUGUAGUUCUGCGCAGGCUCCUGGAAUUAUUUGCUGUCUCUAUGGCAACCUGGGUAGCUGGUGUCUGAAGAUGACGACCUUUGAGUCUACGGAGGGAUCGGGAUCGGGAUCGGGAUCGGGAUCGAGGUCGCGAUCUUUACCCGUACUGCCCAGCUACGAAGGGGAUGUCACUCCUAGGUCGGCCCUGGUAGCCGCAAGGGCAGCAGCGUCAGCAGCUGCUGCAGCCACUGCAGCCGUCUCCACUGCCAAAGCAGCUGUAUUAUCUGCAAAGACCCCAGGGCCCUAUUCUGACCGAAGCCUUCUCUCGGACCCCUCCUCUGAUAGUGUUGCUGGGAAGCCCUGCACUGGACCCAGUUUUACCCACAAGAUAGGCCAUGGGAGACUUGGCUUCAAGACUGAUGUUUCCUAUAUUGCUCGGCAUCCCUGUUCUACAAAUUACCUUAACACUAGCCCUAGCGCCGUUCCUGGCUCUAGCUCUGGCCCCGUUCCUGGCUCUAGCCCUAGCACCGUUCCUGCCUCCAGAUCUGGCCCCGUUUCUAGCUCCAGAUCUGGCCCCGUUCCUGGCUCCAGAUCUAGCCCUGUUCCUGGCUCCAGAUCUGGCCCUGGCCCUGGCCGUGGCUAUGGUUCUAGUAAAGGCACUGGUCUGGAUUCUCGCCUUGGUUGUGCCUCUGAGCUUGCUCCAGGCAAUGACCCUGAGCUCAGCCCCAACGCUCUUACAAGCUUCAGACAUCCUGGGGCAAACCUGGCCCCUAAUUAUGCCUCCGGGAAUCACUACCAAUACUGCGGGCCUCAGAAACAACCCUGGACAUUUUUGCCAGUUUCAGAACCUGUUGCCCAAAGGGGGCUGUGGAAGACCCCUGAGGUUGAAGUGAAGUGUGAAGUUCCUGGUAAAACAUUGCCACGGGGCCACUGCCUUCUCUACAACUGGGAGGAAGAGAGAGCCACCAACCAUCUGGAUCAAGUCCCAAGCGUGCAGGAUGGCUCCGAGAGUUUCUAUUUCCGACAUGGACACCAGGGACUGCUAACCCUGCAGCUCCAAUCACCCAUGCCCCUCAGCACCACCCAGAAAGACGCAUACCAGACCCCACGAAACCGCUGUCAGCCAAUUCGAGGAAAACGGGAAGCCAUGCUGGAGAUACUGCUGUCCCACCAGAUCUGUAAAGAGGUGCAGGCAGAGCAAGAACUGACAAGGAAGCAAUUUGAGGUUGAAUCUGUGACACACCAUGACUACAAAAAGGAGCUGGUGCAGGCAGGGGCUCCUGCCCCAACAAAGGUAAGAACCCAUUCCGCACUACAUGUAAAGCUGAGCUUUGGGGGGCUGUGGGGGAGCAGCAGACCCAGAGGUUUAGAAAGGGAGCUUCAGGCCAAGAGUUAUUCAGUAUUUUUCCCUCACAGUCUCAUGACUACUGCAAGGAGCAACCUGAAACUUUCUGGAUACAGAGGGCACCACAGCUACCGGGUGUCAGUAACAUCAAGACACUGGACACGCCAUUCCGGAAGAAUUGCAGCUUCUCAACACCAGUGCCACUGUCCCUGGAACAGUCUUUUCCUGAUGGACCUGAGAAUUAUUCCUACCAAUUGGGACAAAUCUCUUCUCUCGGCUGUCAGGGAAGAGGGCAGGGCAGUGAGGGGGGUAGAACUGUCUAAGGGUUGAGGAGGGAUGUGAGAUGUGGAAUAUGGAAUCUAUUUCUGUCUGUACUGGAAAGGUGAGAGGAAGUGAAUUCUGUUUAUACUUGGUGAAGAGGCUUUACAUAAAGGAUUCUUUCUCA